AUGGCCAUACAUAAAUCUCUCUCCCUUGCUUUUCUGCUCAUAUUGCCAGCCUUUCUUUCUUCCCAUGCAACAGCAGCACCAUCACCCCCACCCCCAGAAGUAGAGUCUCUCUUGAAAUGGAAAGCCAGCCUCUCGCCAGCACAAGCUCUCCAUUCAUGGUCGCUUCCUGCUGCUAAUGCCAGCACCAACGCAAUCUCUCCAUGCAAAUGGACUGGGAUCUCAUGCAACAGCCUUGGAAGUGUAACAGAUAUAAACUUACCGAGUGCGGGCUUGCAAGGUAAGCUCGAUAACUUGAGUUUCCCAUCAUUUCCAAACCUGGUUCGUCUCAAUCUCAGUGGCAACACUCUCACUGGAACCAUCCCAACACAUAUUGGCACUCUUCACAAACUCAUGUCCCUCGAUCUGUCUGCAAAUAAAAUAAGUGGAUCAAUACCUGUGGAAAUAGGGAAUCUUGUGAAUUUGAAUGAGCUAGACUUGUCCAUUAACUACAUAGAUGGUUCCAUCCCUUCCACUUUAGGGAACUUGUCAAAGCUUUCCAUCUUGUUCCUGUACCAAAAUCGAAUCUCUGGCUCCAUUCCUCCACAUAUAGGGAAUCUACAAGAUCUGGUUCAGUUGUCGUUGUUCCAGAACAAUCUGACUGGUCCAAUUCCUCCUGCUCUAGGUAAUUUGACCAUGCUCACAAUUUUGUAUCUGUCUAUGAAUCAGAUUUCGGGCACAAUUCCUGCAGAAUUAGGAUAUCUCAAGAAUUUGGUUGAGCUGAGGUUGUACCAAAACAAUCUGACUGGUUCUGUCCCUUCCAGUUUAGGGAACUUGACAAAGCUGACAGUCCUCUACCUGUUUCAAAAUCAAAUUUCUGGUACUAUUCCUCCAGAACUUGGGAAUUUAAUGAGUCUCAAUAAGCUAACAUUGGACCAAAACAAUAUCACUGGUCUGAUCCCUCCUGCUUUGGGUAAUUUGUCCAUGCUCACAAUUUUGUCUUUAUACAAAAAUCAGAUUUCAGGUACAAUUCCUGCAGAAUUAGGGAAUCUCAAGAAUUUGGUUGACCUAGAAUUGGACCAAAACAAUCUGACUGGUCCAAUCCCUCUUGCUUUGGGUAAUUUGAGAAACCUCACACUGUUGUUCCUCUACAGUUCUAUCCCUUCCAGUUUAGGGAACUUGACAAAGUUGACAGUCCUCUACCUCUUUCAAAAUCAAAUUUCUGGUACUAUUCCUCCAGAACUUGGGAAUUUAAUGAGUCUCAAUAAGCUAACAUUGGACCAAAACAAUCUGACUGGUCUGAUCCCUCCUGCUUUGGGUAAUUUGUCCAUGCUCACAAUUUUGUCUUUAGACAAAAAUCAGAUUUCAGGCACAAUUCCUGCAGCAUUAGGGAAUCUCGAGAAUUUGGUUGAGCUGACAUUGUACCAAAACAAUCUGAAUGGUCAGAUCCCUCCUGCUUUGGGUAAUUUGUCCAUGCUCACAAUUUUGUAUUUAUCCAAAAAUCAGUUUUCAGGCACAAUUCCUAUGGAGUUGGGGAAUCUCAAGAAUUUGGUUGGGAUGUCAUUGCACACUAACAUUCUGACUGGUCCAAUCUCUCCUGCUUUAGGUAAUUUGAGCUACCUUACAAAUUUGUAUCUUUACACCAACCAAAUUUCUGGUUCAAUUCCAACAGAAAUAGGGAAUCUGGGAACUUGA